AAGCCGACACCGACCAUGUAUAAAUAUUUCAGCUCUCGUGCCUUGCGCUGGAUGCAGACCAUGACUUUUGCAAUCCAAGAGAUAAAUAAGCGCAGUGACCUUCUGCCACAGCUCAAACUGGGAUUCCACAUCCGCGACAGCUGCGAUGACAUACCUGUGUCUUUAAGAGCAUCUCUACUGCUUGUGAACGGCCAGCCAGAAAGAAGUUCCAGAGCUGAGAGUGUGAAAGGAGACAAUGAAACCGAAAAAAAAGAUGGUUUUAAUUCAGGCUGUUCUGCAGUACAAACGACUGUAUCCUCAGUAAUCAUAGGAGAUGCUGCCUCUGGAGUGUCAAUGGCACUGCUAAGAACCCUGGGUUCUUUCCAUAUCCCACUGGUGAGCUAUUUUGCAUCCUGCAGCUGUCUGAGUAAUCAAAAGGAGUUCCCCACAUUCAUGCGCACAAUGCCUAGUGACGCCUUCCAGAUUAGAGCGCUGGCCCGGCUGGUUAGCUAUUUUGGCUGGACGUGGGUGGGAGUCAUUGGCGUAGAGUCUGAUUACGCUCGCUUUGCCAUUGAGCUCUUUCUGCAGGAGUCGGUGCAGUACGGUGUGUGUGCUGCCUACACUCACUUUUACCCCGUAACACUGAAUCAGCAGGCUCUAGAUGAGCUUCUGGAUAUUAUUCAGAUGGCAUCUUCAAAGGUCAUCAUUAACUUUUCUGGUGAGUCCGAGCUGCAGGGGAUUCUGGCAGAGAUACGACGUCGGAAUGUAACCGGGCUGCAGUGGAUCGCUAGUGAAGCUUGGGCUACUGCCAAAUCACUCUGGGCAAAGUUUGGAGAUCUCCUGACAGGAACUCUGGGGUUCGCCAUCCGGAGAGCUGAUGUGAUUCCAGAACUGAAAGAGCACCUAACUAAUCUCAAACCAUCGAGUAUUCAUAAAUCAGCUUUUUUAGCAGAGUUUUGGGAAGAGCUGUUUCACUGCCGCCUGAAUGAGUCAGUGAACAGCCACUCUCACAAGGGUGAUAACUACUUCGACAGGUUGCCAUGUAAAGGGACGGAGGAUUUGAAUGAUGUUUAUUCUCCUUACUCUGAUGUGACACAGCUUAGAGUGUCCUAUAAUGUCUACAAGGCGGUGUAUCUUGUGGCCCAUGCUUUGCAUGAUAUGAGUAACUGCAAAGCUGGCCUGGGGCCUUUCCUCAAUGACACCUGUGCAGACCCAAAGAACUUCAAACCUUGGCAGCUGAUCUACUAUAUGAAACGUGCAAAAUUUUCUGCACUGGGAGAGAAAAUCAAUUUCGAUCAAAAUGGAGACCCCAUUGCUUCUUAUGAUCUCAUAAACUGGCAGAAGAAUCCAGACGGCUCACUUUAUUUGGUAAAAGUUGGUUUCUAUGACGCCUCCUCGCCUGCUGGACGCAGCCUGGUCAUAAAGGACUCAGUGAUUCAGUGGCCUGUUGGGAAGCAGGCUUCCCGGUCUGUAUGCAGUGACAGCUGUCCUCCAGGCUUCCGCAUCGCCAGGAGAAAAGGGGAACCCAUCUGCUGUUUUGACUGUGUCCCUUGUACUGAGGGAGAAAUUAGUAACAAGACUGAUUCUUUGGAAUGCUUACGCUGCUCAGAGGAAUCUUGGCCCAAUAACCUCAGAGAUCACUGCAUCCCAAAGGCUAUUGAGUUCCUGUCUUACCAUGAGGUGAUGGGUAUUGUGUUGUGUGUAAUUUCUGUCCUCGGAGCUUGUACUUCCCUCUCAAUCCUUGCCAUAUUCCUUACGUACAAAGACACACCACUGGUUCGGGCCAACAACAUGGAGCUGAGCUUCCUUCUCCUGGUGUUUCUUGCUGUCUGUUUUCUUGUUGGCCUUCUGUUCAUUGGUGAGCCCUCAGACUGGCUCUGCCGCAUCAGAUACCCAGCAUUUGGGAUCAGUUUUGCUCUCUGCAUUUCCUGCCUGCUGGCCAAGACUUUAGUGGUCCUAAUGGCUUUCAGGUCCACACUGCCAGGAAAUAAUGUCAUGAAGUGGUUUGGACCUGACCAGCAGAGAGCAAGUGUGCUUUUAGGGACAUGUAUUCAGGUACUAAUCUGUCUUAUCUGGAUGCUCACAUAUCCACCUUAUGCCAACAACAACACAAAUUACCACAGUGCUAUCAUCAUUAUGGAGUGUGCUGCUGGCUCAGAGGUUGGCUUCUGGUGCGUUCUUGGAUACAUCGGCUUCCUGGCCUGCAUGUGUUUCCUAAUGGCCUUUUUGGCACGAAAGCUGCCUGAUAAUUUCAAUGAGGCAAAGUUCAUCACCUUCAGCAUGCUGAUAUUCUUUGCAGUGUGGAUUACUUUUAUUCCAGUUUAUGUAAGCACAGCAGGAAAAUACACUGAAGCCAUCCAUAUUUUCGCUAUUUUAGCCUCAGCUUUUGCUCUCCUAUUCUGUAUUUUUGCUCCAAAGUGCUACAUUAUUAUUCUGAAACCAGAAAAAAACAGCAAGAAAAACAUGAUGCAAAGAUGA